AUGAUGCGUCUGGCGAUUACUUGGAAUGCGUUGCGUAUGAUGUUUGACACUCUAGCCACGUCCACGCACCGAGUGCGGACGGGCUUUGGUGACUCUGAAGAGAGCUUUCAUCCCCCUUCCAUUGUACCAUUUCAGGGUUGCGGACAGGGCAACGGAGCGGGCCCGCCCAUUUGGGUUUCGGUUAGCUCCGUCAUCAUCCAAAUGAUGACCGCAAUGGGCUUUGGCUUUGAAUGUCUUACAGCAAUUGAUUCUCAACUGAUCACCGCUCAGUGCUUUUGCUUCGUCGAUGACACGGACGUGAUCGAAGCGGGCAAGUCCGUGGAACAAUCUGGCGAGGAUAUAUGCCCCUCCGUCCAACAAGCGGCUUCCACGUGGGCUGGAGGCAUUAGUGCUACUGGAUGUGCAAUUAACCCAGAAAAGUCCUUCUGGUGGUUGAUUGACUUUGGGUGGGACUCCAGAGAGGGCAAAUGGAGGUUUCGCCGGACACACCAACUUCUACCGGAUCAUAAAUUACAAAUACCUGGACUGACUGGCGAAUUGGAAGCCUUACGCCGUCUGGAGCCGGAUGAGGCAGAGAAAACCUUGGGGGUCAUGUUGGCCCCAUUGGAAGAUCAACAUGCUCACGUCGCCCACCUCAAGAGUAUCGCUAAAAAGUGGGCUGAGCAAGUGCGAUCGGGGCAUCUACACAAAUACGAUGUCAUUCUUCUUAUCCGGACCACAGUGAUGAAAUCCCUGGAAUAUCCUAUGGUGUCAACUACACUGGAUGCUGCGACAUGGGUGUCGAUUAUGAGUCCUGUUCUCCAAGUAUCCCUUCUGAAGGCCGGCAUAUGCAGGAGCUUCCCUCGCGACAUGGUUCUUGCCCCUCUCAAAUUCCAGGGUCUGGGCAUCCCCCAUCCGUUCGGUACGCAGGUGUCUAAACAUAUUGAGGUCCUGCUCCGCCACUUGUCCAACCGAACAAAAACUGGGGCGUAUAUGGAGGCUGCGGUUGAAGAACACCAACUUGAGACCGGCACCUCCUUCGGACUCUUCCAGCAGGACUAUAGCAACACGGCAAUUUUGGCGUCAGAUACAUGGCUCAAAAGAGUCUGGAAAGAGUUGGAGGACUUGGAUAUCUACGUUGCUCUUGACUCUCCUGUCCUCCCUCUCCGAUGCGAAGGCGAUGCCUUGCUCAUUGAGGUAUUCAUGGAGUUGGAAGUGGAUCAGGACGCUCUGAAGUGGCUCAACUGGUGCUCGCCUACUGCGCCAUCCUCUGGGCCCAUGGUUCGAUCCUCUCGACAAUUGGAACUGGUUACUCACGGAUUGUUCCACCGCCAGGGCCACGGUUGGCAACACUACCGUCACCGUCGCUCCUCCACACGGAGCACUCAAUGGGAAUAUACUCGUUCUAUGCAACUGUCCGGGUGCAAACGACCACAUAACGAGCCUACAGACAACGGCGCCAGCUUCUUGCCGGCCCCCUUUUGGACCCAACCACUCCCAGCUGACUUGUGCCGAGCUACCGUCCACAUUACGCCUUUGCUAGGUUCUCUAGCCCUCACCGGCAUUGGGACAGCACCGCUGCAGCCGCAUCACGACUCUCAACCGUCCCUGCUGGCCGCCUGGAUGGCCGCCUCAGCCAAGGUGACCGAGUAUGUUGGCUGGACCCCUGAAGAAAUAGAGAUCGAUGGCGACGAAAGCCUCCUUGAUGAAGCCCUACUCGACGACCGGCUGUGUGAGAUCAGCGACGGUUCUUAUAAGCUCGGUCUGGGCACGGCAGCGGUUCAACUGCUUCCACAUAAGGGUGGCAAGGAACGUAUUAUCGUCCGGAUUGCGUGCGAUGGAUUUUCGGCGCUGCUCAACACCUUCAGUGACAAUCGAGUCACACCGCAACAAGCCCAGUUUGACCUGGUCUCCUCUAUCCGGGAGGCACUUGUCCGCUCUAGGGCCUUGUGGGAACCUAGCCACGUGUACGGUCACCUUGAUAAGGCGACAUCCUUUUCGUGUCUCUCUUGGUGGUCCAAACGGAAUGUGGAAGUGGAUGCGUGGGCGGUCGCUUAUCGCCACCAGCUCGAAGCUUCACACCGAUUGAUCGCACCUAACGAUCGUUUCUUUACCGAAUUGGCUGCCCUCUACAUCGGGGACGUCAAACAGUCGCGAUUGAAUCCAGAACAGGUCCAGGAACUGGUGGCGCUGCCUGCUCUACGCAAGCGAUGGCACGAGCGGCAGACGAUUACACCGGAGGCGGAGCUGGAGGCCGAUUGGACCAGUCUGGCUCGCGCCAUGAGCUCCCUUCCGGCAGGUGUCCAACGUCGGACCACAAAGCAUGUCGUGGGUAUGUGUGGUGUAGGGAAGUUCAAAGUCCGAUGGGGUUCCGCAGACUCAGCUGCGUGCCCCUGCUGCGGCGAAUUCGAGGACCACCUUCAUGUUCCUCGAUGUGUGGCGCCCUCGGCGAGUGCGGAAUGGGGGCGCCGGACGGUGACCUUGGACCAAUGGUUGGACACUCAAGUCACUGACCCAGCCAUCAAACACGCUAUCCUAUACCUCCUUCAAGGGGUUCGUGAUCCGUCCCUACCCCGCAGUCGGUUGGUUCCGGUUCGUCUUCGCCGCGCUUUCCUCUCCCAACAACGCAUCGGCUACCAAGGAUUAUUGGAAGGCCGGCUGUCUGUUCAGUGGGCGGCCCUGCAGGCACAGUACCUUCAGUCACGAGGGAGCCAACGCUCUCCGACCCUGUGGGUCUCUCGCCUGUCGCAUCAGCUGAUCUUGCUUGGAUUUCAUAUGUGGGAACACCGGAACUCGGUGCAACAUUCGGAGGACAACGUCCAGCUACGCGAACGUAGCCGAUUGGUGAACGACGGUAUACACUCUCAGUUUGAUAUGGGCCCAACUGACCUCCCCAAGGUAGUUCAACGCAUGCUCGCCGUGAAACGCCGAACAGUGUUGAACAAGCCGUUGGUCGAUAGGGAAGAGUGGCUGAAGCUGGUUAGAAUGGAACGCACGGCCUACCGCGUGUCUCCCGUCUGUUGCAUCAGCUGA